AUGGCAGAUACAAUUGCAAAUUCAGACUUUGAUGUCAAUAUUUUAGACAAUGCGUUGACGGAACCCAAUGUUGAGCUUACUUUUCCCUUACCAACGGAUAAGGAGACGGUUUUGGAUUUAGAGACGAAUGAGAAGGUAAGCAAUAGUUUUAGUCUUUUGGGAAACUUUAUUAAGUUCUUCAGCUCCAUAAAGUAUGACGACAUUUAUUCGAAUGGUGAGUUCAAAUAUUCAGUCAGUAAGAUUGGCGGAAAAUUCAAUCGCAUGUCGAAAGAGUUUAUGGCAGAAAGAUUACAGAAGACGGACGAGAAGUUGGAUGAAUUGGUGUAUAAACUAGUGGAUCUGGAAUUAAGGAUGAACCUUAUUAAGGCAAAAGAUUUUCUGAAGAGAUACACGGAAGUGAAGAACUUCAUGAUUAAAUACUACUCCGCCGAAAAUGAAAAGAAUCUUCCCCAAUUUGGUUCACCUACAUUUUUAAAAGUCUGUUACAUCACGGUUAUAAAAACUGUUCGCAAGAUGUUCCCUCAAGGCGUAUGGGUCAAUAGGGAACAAAUGAGCUCACUCUACAAGAGAUAUUUGGAGAAUCCGAUGUCCAUUAUUCUCCUCCCGAACCAUCAGUCUCAUAUCGACUACGUCAUGUUACAUUUGAUUUUAAUUAGAUUCCAGAUGUCCAUCCCCACAGUUAUCGCGGGUGAAAAUUUGAAUGUGGCAAUAUUUGGAAGAAUAAUGAAAGGAUUAGGCGGAAUUUUCAUCAAAAGGUCAUUCAACAACGAGUUGUAUACCGAGAGGAACCUUACGAAUUAUGUUGAAUAUGUCCUCAUGAACAAAAUCCACUUCGAAGUGUUUAUUGAGGGGACGCGUUCCAGAGACGGCAAGUUGCUUCUUCCAAAAUACGGUAUUCUCAAGACUCUUGUGUCAAUUUAUUUGAAACAGCGUCGUCAAGAGGGUAACAGAAAUUUCGACAUGUUGAUGCAGCCAAUUUCAAUCACUUAUGAGCGAAUCUAUGAGGCUGACGGCUAUCUUGAUGAACUAAUUGGCAGCGACAAAAAACAAGAAAGUUUCGUGAAUAUUUUGUCAAAUGGAAUCUCAAAUCUUGUGUAUGGGGUUGACAGAGACGACUCGAAGAAGGAAGUCACGAAGGACGGCUUCGUCACCAAUGUCAAUCGCACGUUGCAUGGGAAGAUCUUCGUUAAAUUAGCUGACUGCUUCACUUUAUCCUCUUAUGUUGAAGAUCCAAAAAACAGGGUUGAUUAUGAAGCUGAGGACGACGCCUCAGUGUCUGAGCAGGACAUCAACUUAAAAAAACUUGGCUUCAAAAUCUUACACGCUAUAAACAAUGCCUCCUAUUUACCUGAGUGUGCAAUUGUUGGCAUGGUUAUACAAACUUAUCAUUAUAUGUCGGGAAAAGCAGAGUUUAAUGCGGCGGAUUUGUUGCCAAUGCUUGACUUCCUAAUAAAUGUCUAUCAGGAGGAAAAUUUGAGCCCAACAAAUUCAAAGAUUUUAAAAGCUAUCCAGGAAUUAACACCUGAUCAAAAGAUCGAGUUAAUCAAAAUGCAGAUUAUUUCUUUCUUCAAAUUCACUCGAAUCAAUCCUGAAACAAAUGUCGUGAGAGUUGAUAAUUCGUUUGAACUUCUUUACUACAAGAACCUUACCAUCCAUUUAUUGAUUCAUAAGUGUUUGGUAUCACUUAUCUUGUUGAAAACCCUGGAUCGAAUGCAAAUCAACAAGCUAUUUUAUAUUUUCACUGGGUUUUUAAAAAACGAGUUUUUGUUUGAUUACAACUACAAUCCGCGGCAUAAUUUGUCUUAUAUCUUGGAGAGGUAUCAAGAGUUGGGUGUCAUCUCGGAUUCAUUCGAGGUGAAGAACAAAUACUUUCACAACGUGCUUGCAACCAUCAUUUUGCCCUUCAUCGAAUCAUUUAUGAUUUGUGUCGAUGAGUUGAAUAGCACCGUGGUGAAAUUUUAUGCAAAUUCACAAAAUAAAAUUACUGAACAACAACUCAUCAGUGACAACUUGAUGCUGAAGGACUACCCGACCACCAAAUCACUCUUGAAGAUCAUUCAAAAGGAGAAUAUGAAGAUGUUUGAGAAGGGUAACCUGCAUUUCCAUAUUGAGACCUAUAACAAGCAAUAUUUGCUCUCAUUCUUGUUUUACUUAAACAAUUUGAAGUUGAUUAAAAUAUUCAAAAACAAGUCGAAAACGAAAGCAUAUGUCAUCAUUAGAAAUCUGCGUGACUUGAAGUUUAUCUUAAAUUUCUUGCAAAGGUUUAUCAUGAAAAGUGAGGUAGAUAACAUUUCCUUAAACUACAUGAUUGACAUCGUGGAUAAAAACUUCGAGAGGGACGCCAAUGAGUACAGGGCCAAGUUGUGA